GUUGACAGUGUGGUUCUGUGAUGUAUAUAUCCAUGAUGAAUGCCGCCGUAGUUCACCAAAAAACCACACAUCGAGAUCAUGAAUUUCAAUAGCCUCAAGCUGUCCACAGCCAUUUACAGUUUCCAGUUUCUAUAAAUUAAUCAAAUUGUCAACCAUCAUCCCACCAUGGCAGCAACACCCCUCUCAGGCUCCUCCUCCGGUUACGCUCCAUUCAAGUACCCAGGCACCGGAUCAAAGCCCCUCCAAACAUAUUAUCGCGUCUUCGGAAACCUGCAAGGUUCAGUCACACCACUCGUAGUUCUCCACGGAGGUCCCGGAUUUCCUCACAACUAUCUCCUCAAUAUCUCAAGCCUAACACAUACGCACUCCAUCCCCGUGGUCUUCUACGAUCAAAUCGGCUCCGGCUUGUCAACAAGACUCCCAGAAACAGCAUCUAGGCCAUCAUUAUGGGAUGAAGAGAUCUUCUUCGAGCAGUUGCGACAGUUGCUUGCAUUCCUUGGUAUUGAGAAGCAGUACGAUAUUCUAGGCUCGUCAUGGGGUGGAAUGCUAGGCUCCGCAUUUGCGAGUACGAAGCCCCCGGGAUUGAGGAAGUUGAUCCUCUCAAAUUCGGCGGCGAGUAAGGCGCUGCCUAUUGCGAAUCGUUGGAAACUUAGGAAGCAGCUACCGCAGGAAAUGCAACACGUCCUAGAUCAUGCUGAUAGAACGGGAGAUUGGAAUUCUAAAGAGGUCGGUGCUGUUAUGCAGGAGUUUUCGGUUCGACAUGUCUGCAAGGUUACCCCACUCCCGGAAGAUGUGGUUGUCAGUGAGCGCUUGUAUGGUGAGGAUACCACUGUUGCAACUGCUAUGGGCGAUCACAAGGACGGAAAUCCGUUCGUUGCCACUGGGUUUUUUGCGACGUGGUCGAUGGUUGGGAGAGCAAAGAAUAUCGCCGUACCACUCUGCUGAUCAACGGCAUCGAUGAGUUCGCAUCUGGAGAUGCGAUGAAGCCAUUCUUGGAUGAGAUCCCGAAUGUUAGGCUAGUUACGCUCGACGGGACAACCCAUAGUCCCCACAUUGAGAAGAAGGACGAUUUCAUGAGGGUGCUUGGGGAGUUUCUGACAUCUUGAUGUGUUGAAUAUACUUUCUUGUAUGCUGCUUCAUGGAGUGUGAUAAAAGGAUACAUCGAAAUCAUUAGUGCUCAUCCUAGGUGCUUCUUCAAGCUCUUGAUUAUUGGCAUCCAUCACUUACAAGAGCCUAGGUAAUUAAGCAAGUGGAAGCAGUGAUAACGUAUCGCGACAACAACAAAGCAAGCGAAUCAAGACCCAUGUGCAAUCGUGACCUCGCUUACGAAGUUAAGGCACGUCACACAAAGUGAAAAGGAACUUCGGAUCACCCUGUCAUUUCAAUUGAUUGAAUUCUUAAGCAAGAAAAAAGGCAAAAAGAAAUUUUGCGUUCGCCGGGAAUCGAACCCGGGGCCCAUCGAAACGGUCAUUAUGGCAACGAUGGAUUUUACCACUAAACCCUAUGUGAUGUUAGAAUUGGAUCUGAUUCGUGAAAUCUGCUGAGAAACUUACACAAACGCUUGUUCUGACUCAUGUGUCAGGUGAAUUGAUGACGGCGGCUGCUUA